AUGAGCAAGAAACAUGCAUCAUCAGUUCCACUUUGUUUGAAUCCCGACACAGGAGCCAUCACCACGCAAUUUCAUAUUGUAUUCGAUCCUACCUUCUUGACCGUGGCAACAAAGGUUGACGACCUACCUGAUUCUGGUUCGGAAGCCUGGUCCCAACUCUUUGGAGACUCCGUCUACCAAAAUGUUCUGGAUGAUCCCGAGGACCCAUUGCAUCCACCUGAUCCCACCGACAAUCCUCCUCCACCUUUAACUGCAAGAGUCCGAGAACAAACAGAAGUUCACAACCCGCCCACUCCAUUGGACGUUCCAACGCCUCCACCGGCUCGCAAACCGCAACCCACACCAACUUCCAAACCUGCACCCCUGCCAUCAGCCACACGCACAUCUCGCCGAUCCAACAAAGCUCAACUUCCAAAACGCUUUGGAUACGAUGGACAUGGACCCGCAGGAUACAACGCACCUAUAAAAUCGCAAAGUCCAGAAACCAACAACUUCUACACUUACUUUUCGGCUUACUUCAACUCUUUGAACAUUGAAGUGGAACACUCUCACAACUGCAGCUUCGUUCCAAGCUCGAACAAGGCAAGAGCCACCAAGGACCCAGACGUUUUCACUUACAACGAAGCGGUCAACGGUCCCAACAGCGAAAAAUGGACUGCAGCCGCAAAGAAAGAAAUUGAAGAACUUGAAGGACAGCUCACUUGGAUUGAAGUCCCAAUGUUGAAAGCAAAGACCAAGAUCAUUCCUGGAACUUGGGUCUUUCGUGUCAAGAGAAAUCCAAGCGGAGAAAUGACCAAAUUCAAGGCAAGAUACUGUGUGAGAGGAGACCUGGAAGAAAUGGAUGUUGGCAAAAACACGUUUGCACCUACCGUUGCAUGGAGUACUGUCCGUCUGUUUCUUGUCCUUUGCUUGAUCCUUGGAUGGGCCACCGUCCCCGGCAAAGGAACAUGCCUCCAACUCAACAAGUCACUAUAUGGGACCAAAGCUGCUCCCGCGCUAUGGAAUAAGACUGCCGUGGAAGGAUUCACCAAGUGUGGAUUCAAACAAUCCGAUUUUGAUCCAUGUCUUCUAUACAAGAAAGGCAUGAUGGUGGUUCUGUAUGUCGAUGAUGCUGGAAUCGGUGCCAAAGAUCCAGCAGACAUUGACAAGCUCAUUGAGGAACUCAGAGAACUCCAAUUUGAACUAAAGAAUGAAGGCGAUUUCAAUGAGUUUCUUGGCAUAAAAUUUGACAAACGGAAAGAUGGUUCAGUCGAACUUACCCAGACUGGUUUGAUUGACAAAGUUUUGGAAGCAGCCGGAAUGACCGACUACAAUCCCAAUUGA